AUCCUUUUAUCAAUUGCUUAUCCACAAAAAACACUUAAACAUGGGAACCUACAUAGAAAAUGUUGUAGAUGAGCAUGAACACAUUUUCCAUAGCCAAUAUUCGCCUGUUCCGGUUCCGGACAACGUGACAUUGCCAGAAUUUGUGCUUCAAAAUGUUGAAUUUUAUGGUGAUAAGGUUGCAUUUGUCGAUGCGGAGAGUGGAAAAGGGGUUACAUAUAGCGAGGUAGCGAGGGAUAUACAUAGAUUUUCAAAGGCUUUAAGAUCUCUUGGUUUGAGAAAAGGAAGUGUUGUGAUUGUUGUACUUCCAAAUGUAGUUGAAUAUGCUAUUGUUGCUUUAGGGAUUAUGGAUUCUGGUGGUGUAUUUUCAGGUGCAAAUCCAGCUUCACAUACUUCAGAAAUUAAGAAACAAGCUGAAUCUGCUGAUGCCAAAUUAAUUAUCACAAAUAGUUCAACUCAUGAAAAGGUGAAAACUCUAGGACUACCUGUGAUUGUCCUAGGAGAUGAACUUGUUGAAGAUGCUAUGAAUUGGAACAAACUUCUUGAAGCAGCAGACAAGGCAGGCGACGAUUUAAUGAAAGAACCAAUUAACCAAAACGAUCUUUGUGCCAUGCCAUUCUCCUCCGGCACAACAGGAAUGUCAAAGGGUGUGAUGCUUACACACAGAAAUCUCGUCGCAAAUCUUUGCUCUACACUCUUUAGUGUAGUGCCAGAAAUGAUUGGUCAAGUUACCACAUUAGGGUUAAUUCCAUUUUUUCACAUUUAUGGCAUCACUGGAAUAUGUUGUGCAACUAUUAGAAACAAAGGGAAAGUUGUGGUUAUGGGAAGAUAUGAUUUGAAAAUAUUUUUGAAAGCUUUGAUUACACACGAGGUCACAUUUGCACCUAUUGUUCCACCUAUUAUUCUUGGUUUGGUUAAAAAUCCUAUAGUUGAUGAAUUUGAUCUUAGUAAGCUUAAGCUUCAAGCUAUUAUGACUGCUGCUGCACCACUUGCACCUGAAAUACUUACUUCCUUUCAACAUAAGUUCCCUGGUGUUGUUGUCCAAGAGGCAUAUGGACUAACUGAGCAUAGUUGCAUCACACUUACAUUUGCACAAAAAGGAUUAGGAAGUACACAUAAAAAUUCAGUUGGUUUUAUCCUUCCAAAUUUGGAAGUCAAGUUUAUUGAUCCUGAGACAGGUAGAUCCCUCCCAAGGAACACACCAGGGGAACUUUGUGUAAGAAGCCAAUGUGUAAUGCAAGGUUACUAUAAACAGGUGGAUGAGACUGCUCAGACUAUUGACAAGAAUGGAUGGCUUCAUACUGGUGAUAUUGGAUUCAUAGAUGAUGAAGAAAAUGUUUUUAUUGUUGAUCGAAUUAAGGAGUUGAUUAAAUAUAAAGGCUUUCAAGUUGCUCCUGCAGAGUUAGAGGCUAUUUUGCUGUCUCAUUCUUCAGUUGAAGAUGCAGCUGUUGUACCAUUACCAGAUGAAGAGGCAGGGGAAAUUCCAGCUGCAAGUGUUGUUUUGAGCAAAGGUGCAAAAGAGACCGAAGAAGAUAUUAUGAACUAUGUUGCUUCUAAUGCUGCUCAUUACAAGAAAGUGAGAGUGGUUCACUUUGUUGAAGCUAUACCAAAAUCACCUUCGGGUAAAAUAAUGAGAAGGCUUAUCAAAGAGAAGAUGGUGGAAAAGAUGAAGGAAAAUUCUCUAACAAAACCCAACAAUUAUUAAAAUUAUUAGCAUAUAAUGUAAUGUGAUUUGAUGGUUCAUAUGUCACCAUCUAGUUCAUGAGUGUUAAUUUGACAUGUUAUUUUAGUAUAUGUUUAAAUUAGUGUUUGAGAAUAAAAUUUAAUAAUUAUAUUU